CCGACGCCACUGGCGUAACCCGCUCGGGGAAGAGGGGAGCCGCGUCAGUCACCGCCGCCGCCGCCACCGCCGCGCUGGGUGGGAGCGGAAGCCUGUCUGUGAGGGGGAAAGGAGCCAUGGGGGACGCGGCCUGCCGUUCCGCCGCCGGCGCUUGUUAAAAAAAGAGGAGCGCCCUUCGCCUUCGCCGCCUCAGAAGAAGAAGAAGACGCCUCAGAAGCCGACUUCUUUCUCUCCUUCCUCGCUUGCUGGAGCCAUGGACAAAGCCGUCGGCGGCCAGAAUGUGAAAUUGUCUGCUGAAGUGGAACCGUUCAUUCCUCAGAAGAAGGCCCCCGAUUCGCUGGUGAUGCCCAUGGCCCUGCCAAAUGAAGGUGGAAACAUCAAUGGGGUUGAGGCAACUCCGAUUCCCAGCUACCUGAUUACGUGCUACCCGUUUGUUCAAGAAAACCAAUCCAACAGACAACUUCCACUGUACAAUAAUGACAUCAGGUGGCAGCAGCCUAACGCAAACCCUCCCGGGCCGUAUCUGGCUUAUCCCAUUAUAUCUACUCAGCCACCAGUUUCCACCGAGUAUACCUACUAUCAACUGAUGCCAGCGCCUUGUACGCAAGUCAUGGGAUUCUAUCAUCCCUUCCCGACAGCUUACCCUGCCCCGUUUCAGCCUGCAAGUGCCAUAAACACAGUUACAGCACAAUGCACAGAUCGUCCGGCCCAACCAAGCCAGGCCUUUCCAUUAUGUAGCCCCAGGAGCAGAAGUACCAGCAGAGGAUCGAUGGUGCAAAAACAGCAGCCGUCGCAACCCCACAUAAAGAGCAAAAGGCCUCCGGUGAAAAAUGUUGCUAUCCAGAAGGAAACGAACUCUUCGGGCCCAGAGAACAAACCCAAAAUUGUCCUGUUGGUGGAUGCUUGUCAGCAAACAGACUUCCCUUCAGAGAUUGCCAGCAAGUCCCUGUCCGAGAGCGUGAGUGGUCUGCACUGGAAGCCAAGGGGCAGGCGACGGCGAACCUCCCACCCUGCCGAGUCCUCAAGCGAGCAGGGGGCCAGUGAAGCCGAUAUUGAUAGCGACAGCGGCUAUUGCAGUCCCAAGCACAGCAACCAAGCAGGGGCAACCAUACCCAGAAGUGCUGAAUCGGCCGGAACAAAUAUCAAAGAAUCAUCCGUACACCCAGUUGGUGCCACCUGGGCAAGCGUCAGUUCUCAGGCAACUCAGAAGAAGCCUUGGAUAGAGAGAAACUCUUUCUCCAGAGGUGGAAGGCAGCCUGAACAUCAGCACGAUUCAGAGCCUGGUUUUAAAUGUAGAGGUCACAGCACAUCUUCAGAAAGGAAACAGAGUUUGCAGAAGAAAAUUGAGAAACCAGUAAUCACAAACCAGUCAAACAGAGUAGAGCAGAGCCCUGAACUACUAUAUUUUGGGGAUGAAGAAGAAUUCCCAGAGCUAAAUUGCGAUAGCGGACAUUCUAAAGCUAAUAACGUGCAGCUGAAGCACACACCCAAAAUGUUGGAUGGUCUACCUGAAAAUUCUCCAAUCAACAUAGUACAGACUCCAAUUCCCAUCACCACCUCUGUUCCCAAAAGAGCCAAAAGUCAAAAGAAGAAAGCUCUCGCAGCAGCACUAGCUACCGCCCAAGAGUAUUCAGAAAUCAGCAUGGAGCAGAGAAAACUUCAGGAAGCUGUUUCAAAAGCAGCCGGAAAGAAGAGUAAAACUCCUGUGCAGUUAGACUUGGGGGACAUGCUGGCAGCGCUUGAAAAACAGCAGCAGGCGAUGAAGGCCCGUCAGAUCACAAACACCAGGCCCCUCUCGUACACAGUUGGCAGUGCGAUUCCUUUUCACACCAAAGAAUCCCCCAGCCGAAAGUCCUUCUCCAAAGGGCAGCCAUCGGUGGGUUGCAUUAACCCUUUGGAUAUCACUAGCCCAAAAGUGAAACGAGGAAAAGAGAGAGAGCUCUCCAAGUUGAAGCGUCCUACAGCCCUGAAAAAGAUUAUUUUGAAAGAGAGAGAAGAAAAGAAAGGACGGUUAACGACGGAUCAUAGCCUUUUGGGAGGUGAUGAGGAGCAAGAGGUGACUCUGGCUUCCAACCAGGCAGAAGAACUAACAUCUCAAGAAGAAACCGGUCUGAGUGUGCCGAGUGACACCUCCCUGUCUCCCGCAAGCCAGAAUUCUCCUUACUGCAUGACUCCCGUCUCCCAAGGUUCACCUGCAAGUUCAGGGAUAGGAAGCCCCAUGGCAUCGUCCACUAUAACCAAAAUUCACAGCAAACGAUUCAGAGAGUACUGUAAUCAAGUUCUCAGUAAAGAAAUCGACGAAUGUGUGACUCUCCUGUUACAAGAGCUUGUCAGCUUCCAAGAACGAAUUUAUCAGAAGGAUCCUAUAAAAGCCAAAGCAAAGAGGAGGCUUGUGAUGGGCCUGCGGGAAGUUACCAAGCACAUGAAGCUAAGCAAGAUCAAGUGUGUCAUUAUUUCUCCCAACUGUGAGAAGAUUCAGUCCAAAGGUGGACUAGAUGAAGCUUUGUAUAACGUGAUCGCCAUGGCUCGGGAACAAGAAAUCCCUUUUGUCUUUGCCCUCGGACGCAAAGCGCUUGGCCGCUGCGUAAAUAAGUUAGUUCCUGUCAGCGUGGUGGGCAUCUUCAAUUUUUCAGGCGCUGAGAACCUCUUUAAUAAACUGGUCUCUCUGACGGAAGAGGCCAGGAAAGCCUACCGAGAUAUGGUUUCAGCCAUGGAGCAAGAACAGGAGGAGGCCUUAAAGAAUAUUAAGAAGGUGCCUCACCACAUGGGCCAUUCCCGGAACCCUUCGGCAGCCAGCGCCAUUUCAUUCUGCAGCGUGAUUUCAGAGCCCAUUUCGGAGGUGAACGAGAAGGAGUAUGAAACAAAUUGGAGGAACAUGGUGGAAACCUCAGAUGGCUUGGAAGCCUCGGAAAACGAAAGAGAAGCGGUGUGCAAGGUUACUACUUCAGAAAAACCUGGCAACCCUAAUGUCACUGCUGGUAAACCCUUAUCUCUGGCUGCCGUUGGCCUCAUCACCGUGGCGUCCCAGGGGAAACCACUAAGUGGGAAGGAGGAAGCGAAGCCAGAUGACAACCUGGAAUGGGCCUCCCAGCAAAGUACAGACACCGGAUCUUUAGAUGGCAGCUGCCGGGACAUUUUGAAUUCUUCCAUGACCAGUACAACAAGUACUCUUGUGCCAGGAAUGCUUGAAGAAGAUGAGGAGGAGGAAGAGGAGGAGGAAGAGGAGGACUACGCCCACGAACCCAUCUCCGAGGAAGUUCAGCUCAACAGCAGAAUUGAAUCGUGGGUCUCGGAGACUCAGCGGACGAUGGAAACCCUUCAGCUCGGGAAGACCCUCAGUGGGGCAGAAGAUGAGAACGUGGAGCAGAGCGAGGAGGAAGAAGUGGAAGCGCCUGAACAAGCCGAGGUGGUUCUUGACAGCGAGGAAUGGACAUCAGACAAGGCUGUGAAUAAAGCCCAACAGAAAUCCAAUCCCUGCACUCCCCUCGAUUCAAAACACACAGACUCAAAUUAUAUGCCGUGAACUUUAAGCCCAGACUCAGGAAACUUUACUAUUUUAAAAAAAAGAGAGAAACUAAUUGUUGUAAGGAUUGCAGCCAUUGCUUCGUGUGCUUCAUCUCGGCAUUUUGCACUGUGUAACAUUUAAUACCCGUAUUUAAUUCACCCUUUUUUUUUUUUUUUUUUUUGUAGCGGUCUUUAUCACUUCUCCGUUGAGACCUAGAGUUUGCAUGUGUGAUUAAUAUUUAUACCUUUUCUUAGAACAGGCUAUGUGUGUUAAGCUGUCAUUGGGCAUCUUUUUUUUCCCUAUGAGGAAACUAUUUGCACCUGACCAUUUUUAAGGCAAAACUUCUCAAACUGAAAAAAAAACAAGAAAAAAAAACUUACCUAUUUUUAAAGGGUUGACAGUAUUGACCAAUAUUGGCUUGCCGCGAACUUCUUUGGGAGGUAUUUGCCCACUGAGUACCUAACAUUAAGCCAGAAUGAUUCUUUUUGUUUUUGCUCAGACUGUUAAAGUGACUGUAAGCAGAAUGAAAAUGUGUUCUGAAAAAAAGGGCUAGAAGGAUGUAUAUGAAUUAACUAGUGCACCUUCUUAGUAUUUUAUAAUAUUUGUUUAAUAACACUCCUGAAGGACUCGUUGCAGUUGGCUAAAUCCAUUUUGGCUAGGUACUUUGGUGAAACAUCUCUUAGCAGGUACUUUGGUAAUGAUGUAUCUGUAUCUAUUUUCGAAACUGACAUUGCCCACAUAAUCACUUUGCCCGCAAGCUGACUGCCAAAACGGACCCAUUGACCAACACAAGCUUUCCUUGCUUGGUUUUCUUAAUUUCCAUUCUGUUUCAGUUACGCCAUGUUCUGCUUCUUAAUGCUUUCACUGAUCUCAGGAAUGUUACUAUGAGUUCAUACAUGCCGUGUAAAUAGAAGAAAAAGUUAGAAUCGGUUAUUGACCAUUUAACAUAAAAUAAAAUAUGAAGCUUGGGGGGGGGGGGGGUUCGUUGAGAAAAGGGAAGGGAAAAAUUGUUGUUCGGAUCAACUUAACUUUUUUUCCUUGGGAUUGGUCUUGAUGGGAAGGUAGACAGCUCUCUGGUCUUCCAACAGCUUGUCAAUUUUCAUAAACGUGAGAGGCUUUACCACAAAAUACCCUUCAUUUUGUGGAAUUUCAGAGCGGGUGAGACAAAAAAGGGUUGUUUUUAAUGGCUUGCUUAAGUUUUGCACGCCUGUUCUGAGUUUUCUAGCGCUCAUUUCACCCAACCCAAGUUGCGUGAGGGCGGGGGGUUGGGGGUUGGGAGGAAGGCGGGGUGGGACAGUGAUGGUUUGAGGUGGUGCAGGAAGACAAGCUCUUAUGAAAAAUAUGGACAUCCCCAGCAUUGUAAAAUAUUUCAUAGGUCGGUUGCUCUCUCUUAAUCGUUUGGGACCAAUAGCGAUCACAUUCGAAGCUAGUACCUUUAUUUCUAAUAAGCAAAACCAGAGGAAAUGUUUCGCAAUUGUAUGUGUGUGUGUGGGUGGGCGCCUAGUGCUAAGAAGCGUUGCAGAAAAGACAGUUUGAAUAAUUAGCUCUUGUACGUGGAAUUAGUAUAUGAUGAAUAGGAAAAGGACAGGUAGCGACUUGUACCCUUUGCCAAUUGUCCACGAGUGGAAACUUCUUCCUUUCGAAGUGCUGAGCAACCAAAAUGACUCCUUCAGUAGUUGUUGUCUUAAACCUCUCUCUGGCUUGUCCCUUGCCAGUUUGCAUAAAGCCCAGUAGACAACCACCUACGCCCACAGCCACACCUUCUUCCCAUUGUUAUCUUUUUCAAAGCAUUCUGGUGUCUCUCCGUUGGGACGUCACCUGUGAAUGUGCUGGUCUUCAAACUUCAGCAGGUCUCUUUUAGGACAAAGAGCGUACCAUUGGCUGAAAAUCCGUACUUUAUAAAGUGUUCAUUUUGGGGUGGGGGGGUGUCCAGAGAACCGAGUCGAGAAUAGAAUGUGUCUAUGAAGUGUAUUAGAUUGUACUCCGUGUUUAACGUGCUUCCUUGUCUUCCGUCUUUCUUGCGAUGCCGUGAGAUAUUAACAUUUCUGUUCAUCCUUUCGAUAACUCAUCCAUAGUCCUUGAUGUUCCUUCUCCAUAACUUUUAACUUCCACACAGGCAGAAACGGAUCUUUCUUACAAACGGGGGUGGGGGGUGGGAUGACGGGCCUGUUUCUGCAGUUUUAUUGGGGCCGAGCUCAGCAAUGUUUCCUCUUCCUUAAAAUCAGUUUUAAUUAAUUUCACUAACUGCAAAAGAGAAAAGGGGGGGGGUUAUUACACAUCUGAUGGGUUAGAGCAGAAAUCUUCAAACUUGGCAGCUUUAAGACUUGUGGACUUCAACUCCCAGAAUUCUCCAGUCAGCUAUGCUGGCUGGAGAAUUCUGGGAGUUGAAAUCCACAAGUCUUAAAGCUGCCAAGUUUGGAGACCUCUGGGUUAGAGGAAAUAGUCCUAAGCACUUCCAGUAUUUGCAUAAAAAAGAGCUGCCACGAGGCAACGAAAAAACACCAGGUGGGGCUGAUGCACUGAAAUCCUUGGAGGGCCAAAAUAAUAAAGAAAGUGGGGUUUGUAGGUUAAUUGUAACAUGUAUGCCUUUAUCUUAACAAAACCGAUUACAGUACUUGUAUUCUUCCCCUGUUAUACGCCCUGUUCCCCAGCUUACGUUGUAAAUGGCAUGUUUUUACAAACUUUUUUGAGAUUUGAUCAGUGAUUGGUGUAGUGUUUGAUCGGCUGUUUGGGUUUUAAAAAAAAAAAUUGGAAAAGAUCCUUUGGAACGAUGCACUCGUAUGUAUUCUGAACACAUCACUAGGAGAUAACCUUAGAUUCUUCUUCGGGUGGGCCUAUGCAGUGUAGCUAAAUCCCAUUGUCACCUGGAUGCUCUUAAAUUUUAAUGGCACGGGGGAGGGGGGAAUGGGGGGGACAAAAAAAGUCUUGUUUGAAAAGCUGCUGUCUAUUGAUAUUGUCAUAAUGUAUGUGUGUGUUUGUGUGCGCGCGCGUGUGAGAAAUUGUGCCAAUUAAUCAAGAUGCUCAGUCAAUUUACCAGAUUUUAAUCACUAACGGAACACUUUUAAAAAAAAAAAAAAGCCAUGAAUGGAAACUGUACAGCUUGGUGCCCAGUUCAGUCCUACACAAACAAUAAAUCUUCAAACCAUAGUUUGAAAAAGAAAAAAAAAAUCAAUAUAAGGGGCACGGCCUAAUUCAUGUUUAUAUGUGGUUAAUGUAUUUUUAAAGACUGUACUUAGGUAAUGCCUCUUAAUCUUUGAUACCUGUACACUAAAUGUCAGUAACAUCUAAAGUUUAAAUUAGAAGGAAAAAAAAAUCGUAACGAAAUUACUUCACAAACAUGUUCUGUCUGUGUUCUCCUUUUUAUGAAGGAUAAUUCUGUCUACCAUACUUUUUUGGAAUAAUAACAGCUUUUGCACUAUGUAAAUACUAGUGGGGGAUCUUCCACAAUGAAUAAAGAUGAUUAUAAGAAAGA